CCCCGCGCCGUGCCCCGGAGCUGGGCGCGAUGGGCCCGGGCUGGCGGGCGCCGUCGGCUGCGCUGGUGGGCGGCAGCGUGGCUUUGUUCGGGGCGCUGAGGCGGGCGGCUCUGGCCGUUCCCCGACCCGCAGCCGUGAGGAGCCGACCCGGGCGUGUUUGGCGUUGGAGGAACCUCCUCGUUUCCUUCGCACAUUCCGUUCUCGCCGGGCUGUGGGCCCUACUCAGCCUUUGGCAGUCCCCGGAGCUGCUCUCCGACAUCCAGGACGGGUACAGCGUCUCAGGACACCUGCUGGUCUGCUUCUCCUCAGGCUACUUCAUCCACGACAGCCUCGACAUCAUCUUCAACCAGCAGUCCCGCUCGUCCUGGGAGUACCUAGUGCACCAUGCCAUGGCCAUUUCUGCCUUCGUCUCACUCAUCAUCACGGGCCGCUUCCUGGUGGCGGCGAUGCUUCUGCUGCUGGUGGAGGUGAGCAACAUCUUUCUCACCAUCCGCAUGCUGUUGAAGAUGAGCAACGUGCCUUCCCCAGCGCUCUACGAGGCCAACAAGUACGUCAACCUGGUGAUGUACUUCGCCUUCCGCCUGGCGCCCCAGGCCUACCUCACCUGGUACUUCGUGCGCUACGUGGAGGUGCAGGGCCAGGGUGCCUUCCUGAUGGCCAACCUCCUGCUGCUCGACACCAUGAUCCUCAUGUACUUCUCCCGCCUCUUGCGCUCUGAUUUCUUCCCCUCCCUGCGUAAGGGAUCCGCUGGGAGAGAUGUGGAUGGUGAGAAGUUCCUCAUUGACUGAGUGAGCCGCACGCGCGCUGGGGACCGGGGCUCUCCAUACCUGCUCUAUGUGCCUUAGGGCUCGCUCCUUGGCUGCGGGCUCUGCGUUCACCCGCUCUGCUGCCUAUAAGCUCCACCCUGCUGGAACCACCCCGACAGCCUCGCCAAGCCGUGGGGAUGCCACCAAAACUGGGGGCACGGUCUAUGGAGGAGCAGCCCAAGCCGGCUUCUGCGCCAGCACGGCCAGGGGUGUCUGUGAGGGAAGGGCUGAGCCUCACCCGUGGUGGCGUUGGGUGUUCUGUGCAUUAAAUGGGUCUGGUUACUGCUGCCGCAGCAUGCCUCAGCUGGCUCUUCUGUGGGGUAGAGAGAUGCUGGGGGGGGAGGAUGAUGAGGUGGGAGCAUGGGAAAGGAUGUGCCCCCACUCCCUGGAGAGGGUGCAGUUCUGCAGCUCACUUAGGUUUAGGGAGCCCCCAGGGAUGCUUGGUCCUAGCUCUCCCACAGAACGGUCCCCCUUCGUUCAUUUAUUUUUCCAGAGAUCCCUCAGUGCUUGACAUCCCUCAGCCCUGGGGCUAUGCGAGGAGCAGGUGAGGGGACGUGGGGCAGAGAUGAGGGCAGCAGGAGUGGUGUUGAGCCCCUCUGCAGUCCCCAACCCGCCUGUCUCCGGGCUGGCGGCACUGAGCCUGGCUGGGCUGCAUGACUCACCCGGCAGCCACGUGAAGUGGAGCUGGCAUGGGAAGACCGUGUGAGGCCACAGCUCUUCCUGGAAGAUUGCUGCACACUCAGUCCCCCCAGGGUUGCCAUCACCAGCACUGUGCAGUUCCAGCCCCCUAAGAGCACACCAGACUGACUGCAGUGGCAGCAGCCCCUCUGCAAGUAGGGGUGCAGCUCUCUAGGGCAGCAGAGCCAAAGCUGGCCCAGCCGGUCCUGCGGAGCACCAGAGUGUUAGGAAGGCAAAUCCUGCUGAUGUGACAGCUCCAGGAUCACCCUGGACUGGUAUAAGCAGCAGGGCUUAGAGGGACUCCUGUCCAACCCCUGCUCCAGGGCAGGAUCAGUGCUUACCCACACCAUCCCCAGCUCACGUGGACACGGUGCUGCAAGUCAAGUGGAAGCAGGGGGGGACUCAGCCCACCUCCAGAUGGCUGGGAAAGCCCCACAGUGCCAGGUACACCCAGGGGGCACUGAUUCUGUAGCUGGCAGAGGGGGCUGUGUGUCAGGAGCAGCCUGGCAGCCAGAGGGGAGAUGCAAUGUGUGGGAUCACAUGGCUGGGAAUCUAUGCACGUUCCAAACCAACCACUUCACUCACCCCCUCUUUGCUCAGUGCCAGAACAGAAGCAAGCAGGCCCUGAGCUGAGCUGCAGGGUCUCUUCCUGCCCCAGCAAGUUCCAGUUCUACCACUAAAACAUCCCAACCGCUACGCCUCAUCUUCCUAUCUGCAGCUGAAGCACCAACUCAACCUGUAAACACCCUGCACAGUUAACUCCUACUGUUCUCCCUCCUGAUCACCUUUCCCCUUAUCUCUUCUCCCAGCACAGUGAUCAGCCCAUGCUCACACCACUCUGCAGCAGCGUAGAAGGGUCAGGAACGACCAAGCUUUCCCCAUCCUCCAGCUGUACAACAGCACUGGGGCAGCUGUGGGUCAGGCUGGCUGCCAGCCCAGAGCAAGAAGAAAGCACAGGGAAGAUGCACACUGAGUGCCAGCCAGAAGCAGCCAUCAGGCUAAGUUGAGGCAGGGUCAGGGCAGAUUGCAAGUCAUGCUGAAGUGAAAUCCCUUCCCAGCCCAGCCUCCACACUGCCAGGGAGGGCUGCAGCACAUACCUGCUCCUCACUCCAUGAUAAGGCUCUCCAAAAAGAACUCAUUUUACUCAGAGGGGUAACUGCAGCUAAAUCAAAGAUGAGGCAUAGGGCUUGGCUAAUACCUACAGAGCCCCUUAUGCUGCCUGUUCCCUUCCCACAGUGCUGAGGACACAGGCAGGAAUUUUAGGCAGGUGGCUUCCAAAAGCCAAAAGGAACAUCAGACCCAGCCCCAAGAAGGAGCACAUCUGUCCCAGGUCCCUGCAGUGCUGUGCAGCUCAGCCCUCAGGAGAUCUUUAUCCAGUUUCCAAAGCAGUAGCAACCACAACAGCCUCCCUGUUCCAUUCACCACUAUGCUCUGUGAGCUCAGGAUUCCACCACCCUCCCCAAAAGGUGUGAGGGAAACCUGGCAUCCCACCACCCAAAACUUCAAUUGCCCCUGUCAAUAUUUGGUCACAGCUUUCACCAGCUUCCUUCCCUAAAGCCAAACUCUACACUUCAUGCUAAGUACUCCUACAGGCUUAUCCAUGCUUCACCUCUACUUCCUCCUCACCCAGUGCUCCACAUUCUUAUGACUCUCCAAGCACUCCAAAAAGCUGGUUGAGGAAAUAAACGACUGCCAAGGCAACAGCAGCAGUUUGUCUACAAACAGCCCUGGUGAGGACAGCAAACUCAGCAAGGUCACAGGCAACAUAACAGGAACUGUGUCAGGGAAACCAGACUGCGAAUCACACGCUGCAGCAAGGGGAGCAUGGAUCAUGCCAGAAAGAAAAAAAAACAACUACAGUAAGCACUUGC